AUGACUUCGAAAACUCUCGCCAAGCCUUUUAUUCGUCAUGUUACGAGCAGGGGUUAUGCACAGGCUGUACCGGCCAUAAAUAAAGAAGUGAAACUACAGACAAGCGUUUUACCCAAUAAAACAUUCGUAGCUGCACUUGAUAAUGGAUCACCCGUUACUCGUGUAACUAUUGCGUUUAAAGCUGGUUCUAGAUAUGAACCUCAAACGGAACUGGGUCUUGCCCAUGUUCUUCGAUCAGCAGCUGGUCUUACUACAAAGAAUGCUAGUGCAUACAUAAUUCGCAGGCAACUUGCUCAAAUUGGUGCAUCUUUCACUGCUUCUGGUGACCGUGAAUUAAUUUACUAUACAGUUGAAGCUACACAAGACAAAUUGCAAAGUGCACUGGAUUACUUGAACAAAAUUGUUUCUAAUCAAGAAUUCAGGCCCUGGGAAUUAAGUGACAAUGUGCCACGACUUAAACAUGAUAUUGCUGCACUUCCACCUCAAGUCCGUGCAAUUGAUUUGUUGCACAAGGCAGCUUACCGACGUGGACUAGGAAAUUCUCUUUUCAUUGCUCCUAAAAAGAUAGGAAACAUUAGCUCUGAAUCGCUUCAACAUUUUGCUGCCAACAAUUUGACUCCAAGUCGCUGUGCUAUUACUGUUAUUGGUGACAAUCAGGACAAGGCUAAUUGGAUUGCUCAAGCCCUGGAAUUAUCAUCAUCCAAUCCUGGUCAAGAUGAUCCCACUACUUAUUAUAGUGGAGAGCUGAGGAAGGAGAUGGGAGGAGAUCUCGCCCAUGUUGCCAUUGCUUUACAGGGAGUACCAGCUGGUAUUCCACAGUCGCUCGCUCUUGCUGUUGCUGCAAAAGCUUUGGGAAAUGGACCAGUCACCAAAUGGGGCGCAAACAACUCGCCUCUUGCUAAGGCAGUUGGUAAUAUUGGACCUUUUGCAGCGGCUGGUUUUAAUGUUUCCUACUCAGACAAUGGCUUAUUUGGAGUAAUUCUGUCUGUACCUAAGGAUGAAGCAAAUGCUGCUGUGAAAUCGGUUGCCAAGCUUUUGAAAAAUCCUUCUUUAAGUGCUGACGCCGUAAAAGCUGGCAAGAACCAAUUAAAACACCAAAUACUAUCCGAAGCUGAAGAAGGUACAUCACUGGCAGAGUCUUUAGCUGCACAAGGGCUGUACUCCGGCAGUGCAAAAUCACCACUAGAUCUUGCAAAGGAUAUUGACCAGAUAUCUGCUAAUGACAUUUCACAGGCGCUGUCUAAUGCUGCAAAGAACAAAAUAUCAAUGGGAGCAGCUGGAAAUCUUGUGUUUGUACCAUUUGUAGAUGAAUUG